AUGAAUCCUAUCACCACAGCAAACGCUGAAUUUUGCCUUGAUGUGUUCAAAGAGCUAAGCAGGAACAAUGCGGGAGAAAAUAUCUUCUUUUCUCCACUCACCAUGUUCUAUGCUCUAAGCAUGCUCCUUCUGGGUGCCAGAGGCAAGAGUGCUGAACAAAUGGAAAAGGUGCUCCACUAUGACAACUUUUCAGAAUUCUUAAAACCAAAGAUGAAAGACUUUUCUGAGUGCAGCCAAGGUGGAAGGAUGUAUUCUGAAUUUGGAGCUCUGCUAUCCCAAAUCAACCAACUGAAUUCCCUCAGCAUUGCUAACAGAAUCUAUGGGACGAGGACGAUCACAUUCCACAAGCAAUAUUUAAGAUGUUCCGAGAGACUGUUCCAAGCCAAGUUGCAAACUGUUGAUUUUGAAUUGUCUACAGAAGAGACAAGGAAAAGUAUUAACACUUGGGUUGAGAAUAAAACUAAUGGAAAAGUCACAAACUUAUUUGGAAAGGGUACAAUUGAUCCCUCCUCUGUCAUGGUCCUAGUGAGUGCCAUAUAUUUCAAGGGACAGUGGAAAAAUAAAUUCAAGAAAAGAGACACAGUGAAAGCUCCAUUUCACAUAAGUGUGGGUAAAAGUGCCAUUGUGGACAUGAUGUAUCAGACUGGAACGUUUAAGCUGGCCUUCAUCAAGGAGCCACAGAUGCAGGUCCUGGAGCUGCCCUACGCCAACAACAAUCUAAGAAUGAUCAUCUUGCUUCCAGUAGGCUCUGCGAAUGUCAACCAGAUAGAAAAACACCUGAACGUGAAGAUGCUUCAAGAGUGGACCAACUCUUCUAACAUGGUGGAAAGAGAAGUGGAUGUUCACAUUCCCAAAUUCAACCUUGCAGUAAAAUACGACCUAAACUCCCUAUUGAAAUCCCUAGGGAUGCGGGACAUCUUCAGCGUGGCCACAGCUGAUCUCUCUGGAAUGUCACCUGACAAAGGCCUGUAUUUAUCCAAGGUUGUUCACAAGUCCUAUGUGGAUGUCAACGAGGAAGGCACCGAGGCAGCGGCGGCCACUGGGGAGAGUAUCGCUGUGAAGCGACUCCCUGUCACAGUUCAGUUCACAGCAAAUUCUCCCUUCCUGUUCACUAUUCAGGAUAAGUCUGGCAAUAUUUUAUUUAUUGGCAAGUUGGUCUCUCCGUAACCAGAGGGCCUUGUGGCGACCUCAGAGAUAGGUAAAAUGGACAGGACCCAAGGGGCCGAUAGUUUGCAUCUUAGCGUUUGUGUAUCUGCAAAGCAGGUCUCUCAGAUGGUAGAUCUUCAUUCCGCCUCUGUGAGCUGGUAAACCUCAGACUACAGCAGUCACGGGAGAAGAAUAGAUUUACACCAGCGCUCUUCUGGAUUUCUGAUUUUUGAGACCUCAUUUGAGUACUGAGUAACAUGAUUGAAUUAAAGAAGGGCUGGAUAUUUUGAGUUUUCUGUACUAGUGAGCUUGUGAAUGAGUGAGUACUGCAAACAGAUAAAGGGUUUCUACG